UUCCUUAGUAUUUCCAGUGCAUUAAUCAGUUACUUUGUCAAGGGAGCUGACCAGGAAUCUGUACUUUUUACAGAACAGAGAUAGAGAAUUCAGAAAUGGGGAGUACAAUAAAAAAUAUUAUUGUUUUUGCUGUUAUGCUGAAAGGGAUUCUAGGUGCUCCUUUUUUUGCAGAAGAGGCUACACAUCAGUUCUUAAGGCUUAAAAGACAAGCAUUCUCACAACAUUUAUGGGAACCAAAUAAUGUGGAGAAUUCUUUUAUGUCUACAAUAAAUGAACAAGCAUCUCAGAUACUGAAUACCUGGAGACAUUCUGCCCAAUAUUAUGUAGAUGCAAUGAAAGAUCUGAUAAACCCUAGCUCAUAUGCAGUCAGGAGCCAAGUCAGCGAUUACGUGAACUUUUGGUGGACAACAUAAGAAAAAGCAAAAUUACUCCUGCAAAAGAAUAUUUACAACCUAAAGAUAUAAAUUAUUCAAUUUGUAAUGUGUUUAAUUAAGUGCUGGCUUUCUGUUAAGAUAUACUGAAAUAAAAUA